UGUGUAAAAGUUUCCUGUCCCGAUUUUUUCUUUCAUGGUUAACGGAACAUUACAGAACAAUGUCUUUGUACAUUUGCUUUAUAAGUUUAUUAAGGAUUUUUUCUUUGGCUUACGAAAAUUUAGCUCUUAAUAAACCUGCUUAUCAAGAUCACCCUUACUUUAGUAAUCAAUGGGGAGCAGAUAAAGCAGUUGACGGUAAAUAUGAUAGUCUCACUUCAAAUGCGGGACAAUGUGUAAUCUCUGCCAAUGGCCAAACAACAGCGACAUGGUGGGUCAACCUAGAAGGAGUGUACAGUAUCAGCCACAUAAAUAUUAUCUACAGGACAGAUAACUUACCUCACCCCAGUCCCUAUGUUCCCCGACUGGCUGGAUUCUUCCUUUAUGUUUCCAACACUUCCUCACGAGAGGACAGUCAUCUUUGUUUCCAUGAGAUACAAAAAGUGAACGGAACACCUUCAGAAAACCAAACAACAAAAUGCCCUGUGCAUGGGCAAUAUGUCAUAUUCUACAACGAAAGAAAAUCUGGAGUGAAAUAUCCUAGCUACUAUUCCAACUAUGCUUUUAAUGAGCUAUGUGAACUACAAGUAUUCGGUUGUGAACGUGCAGGAUUCUAUGGAGAGAAUUGUAAUCUUCCUUGCUCGAAUACCUGCCAGAACAGCCUAUGUCACAUACAUACAGGGGAGUGUUACGGUUGCGUACCUGGAUACCAGGGAUCUCGCUGUGAACAAUUAUGCAGUACCGGAAGUUAUGGAUCUCGGUGUUCAUCAUCAUGUGGUAAUUGUAGAAAAGGAGAGACGUGUCAUCAUGUUAAUGGUACAUGUUUAAACGGUUGUGGAGAAGGAUUUCAAGGCACGACGUGCGAGCAGGGAUGCCGCAAGGGCUACUUCGGUGAGAACUGUACACAAAAAUGCAGCAACAAUUGUCGGUUACCAAACAGCUGCAACAGUGUAACAGGGGAAUGUGAUGGAGGGUGUCAGUAUGGAUGGACGGGGAGGUUAUGUGAGACAGGAUGUGGCAAGGGCUACUUCGGUGAGAACUGUACACAAAAAUGCAGCAACAAUUGUCGGUUACCAAACAGCUGCAACAGUGUAACAGGGGAAUGUGAUGGAGGGUGUCAGUAUGGAUGGACGGGGAGGUUAUGUGAGACAGUUCUUGCUUCAGGAAAUCUCUGCCCUUGUGCCGCGGAGAGCUCAAAUAUGUUCACCACUAUCAUUGUCAACUCCGUGGUAACCUUGUUCAUUGUUUUAAUUAGCAACGUCAUUAUUUAUAUCGUUCGCCGAAGGAAGAAAUUAAAUGCAGGACAUGGAAGGUAAUUUUCAGUAUUUCUUUCAUGUUUUACGUGAUA